GAUAAACAAAAACAUCUAGAAUAUGGCGAAUGAAAUGGAUUGAGAUUUGACUUACAUAAUUACCGAGUUUGCAAUGUUUUCACUGCAAGUUUCAUUAUCCAAAUUCCUGCAUUGUUUUCUACACGUUCUUUGCUUCACAGGACUGGUUUUAGGUGAAGUUGACGAGGCAUUUAUCGAUGUAAUGAGCCAAAGUGAAGACGGGCUAAAUAGCUCGGUCGCAAAUGUUGUCGGCAAGUUUGCCAGAAUUGGAGCGAUAAAACAGGUCGAAGGAGAGUUAAAUGAAAUUGAUGCUUGUGAUCCAGAUGAUUCUGACCAAGAUCAAAUUGAUGAAUCUCAAAGCCUUCAAGCAGAUGAAACACAGAGCUGGAUUGGUGUUAUUCACAUUCCUGUCUUGGAAUAUUACAAUGCUCGUGGAUCCAAGUUUUGUCCUGUCUUAGAAAGGGUGAAGAAAGCUAUGUUACUGGGUGCCUCAGCAAUAAUCAUCAUAACUUUGAAUCACAGAGUGUUUAGAAAGCUUGACUUGACUCAGAUGUUUUCUAGACCCAUCAUAAUGGUAAAUGCAACGAGCAGUGUUUCUGAAUUAUUAGAGAUACUCAAAAAGAAGUGAACUCUCAAUUCACCAGCUCGGCCGUGUUCUUUGCGUCGGUGUUGUUUUGUCUUUUAGUUUUUAAGACCCAGCUUAGCCAGUUCCUUCAUAAUUAUUGGAUUUCCAAAAAAGAGGAAAUGUUAAGACAAGAGGCAGUCGAAGCCAUAGCGAGACUAAAGAUAAGAAAAUUUAGGAGAAGACUAAGAGACUCGUCUUGUUUUGCUAUUGCAAAAGUUGAACAGGAGAGGAGAGAUUCCGAAGUGUGUGCCGUUUGUCUAGAUGAGUUUCAAAAUAACCAGCUUGUGCGCACUCUGCAGUGUGAUCACGAGUUCCAUUGUGAAUGCGUGGAUCGUUGGUUGCUGGCAAAGAGGACCUGUCCAUUGUGUAAAGGAAACAUUUUAGAGAGGCUUUCUCAUUUGGAUAUCAAAGACCACAUACCAAGAAAUAACAUGGCGGAGACUGCAGAGAACGAAACAGUUCAACGACAGCUAGGGACACUUCGAACAUCUCCUAUGAAUUGCUCUACUCACAGAAACUAUAAUACGUCGUCAAACGCUAGCUGUGGUACAAACAAGUUUUUCCGAAGGGGAACCAGAUUAUAGUUACUUUGGUCUUAAGCAUUUUGGAAGGGGCUUUGGGAAGACAUGCUUAAAAUAUUGGAAAUAUAAAAACGUGUGGAUAGAGAAUCUAUAUAAUCGGACUCAUCAUGGUGUAAAGGAAUUCACCAAAUAAAUCAAUGAAGUUCUUUUAAUGCA